AUGCAAGACGGCCCUGCUGAGGCUUUAAUAUUAGCUUCGCCAACCCACCCCCCAUUGGAGACGUACCUCAAUCGUCUAAAUCCCCAGCCAAUAUCAAUCAACACGGCAUUCGAUCGCUUCCGAUGGCCUGCUUUUGCUCCGAUUUCUGAGAUCAGAGUUCUCAGGGACUCUGCGGAUGAGGACUCUGAGCAGGACCUAUACCAGGCUAAAGACAGGGAUGGUACUUUCUCGCUUCACCAUAUUGCUAGCGAAUCGUAUACCAACCCUCCAGUAUCCUCGAUAACAACUUCAAUCGACAUUCUAUACGAAUACAGCUGCCGAGUCACAUGGGAAGAACUUCAUAUAGUUGAUCGUUACACAGUAGGAGACGAUGUCGAUGUCCCUUGUAGCUGCUGUAAUCGGAUGCCGUACUGCGAACCGAAGCCACUCAUCAUCCGUGCAACCUCGAAGACAUAUGUCACUAUCGAAGACAUUGUCUCACAAGUGACUGAAUAUGUUAAUAGUCUACGGGAGGAUAUUCUUGAGGCUUUGGAUGCUGUUGGAGAGCAUUCUGGAGAAAGAACCCCAGACUUUUCUUCCUGGGUUUUCUUUUCCCGCAACAGUAUUAACAUUGAAGAGGCACGCUCUCUUGAAGAGCUAAUCAAGACUUGGAGAUACCGUGCGAAGGUUGUGCGAAGAAGUCGUCUGGGUUUGCAUUAUAAACCGGUAAAUCUAUCUUGA